AUGCCCCGAGUACACAAACACAAUGCUUUUUGCAUAAAAAUUGUUAAAACGGUUUAUAUGAAUCCAAAUUUCGGUUUACAAACAACAAAAAUUAUGGCACGACCUCAAAUCCCACCUCUUUGCCUUAAACACAUUCUGCUCCAUUUAGAAGCAGAAGACGUGGCACGGUGCUCACAAGUAUCAAGACAGUGGAAAGACGCCUCUUACUCGGAUUCUUUAUGGAAAAAGUUUUGUGACCAAAGGUGCACGUCUAGGUGGAAAUACUGGAGGUCAAAGCCCACGAGAACUGAUGGGUGGAGACAAGUUUUCCUUGUUCGAAUGACAACUGAUCGCUGGGCAUUCGGGAUUUUGGAUGAAUUAGCACAAGGUGGGCCAUUUUAUCUGGCGAAUAUGAAAAAACUUAAACAAUUAGGUGAUAAUUGCAAAGAUGUGCUAUUUUGGAUAAUGGAUAAUCCGAAUGAGGUGACUCUAACUCAUUGUUAUUUUGCAAAGCGUGCCCUUCAAUACAUUCGCAGAUGCGAAAUUAUCCAAAAAUGGAAAUUAUGGCGGGAAUAUAAGUUAGAGAUUUCUAAUUUGGAGGGUUUCGCAAUGAUGGCGGCCUUUUUUAACGAAAGGAUCAAUGUGACCGAUAUAAUGCAUGAGAUUGACGAACUGGCUCUUGAAUUUAAUUCCUUAUGUCAGAAUAAUCCACCUGAUUCUAAUUUGACCAAAUUUCGACUCCUUGCAAACUUCUUUGGUGCAAAAUAUCCUUCCACUGCUUCCGUGCUUGAUAUAGAGACUAAAUUUUUAUAUUUAGUUAUGCCGCUUUUGGAGACUAAACAGAGCAAGGCAUGUGUGAUGACAGUUUUAUUCGAAGCAUUGGCUGCAAAGGUUGGAAUUGAGAACGUGGACAUUGUUUCUGACCGAGAAAGGUUAACGUUCCGGAGGUAUCAUUUCAUUAGAUUUUGUGAUGAAAAUCUUUCAAAAAUGGAACAAGACAAGAAAAGUGAUGACGAUGAAGAUGAGGAUGAAACUGAUAUAUAUCAUAUUGAUUUUCAAAAACAUUCAGAAACUGGUGUACUCACAAUCGAACAAUUUGAUAAGCAUAGUUCGAAGUACUAUGGUGCGUAUAUGCCAGAGUAUAAAUUCAUCCCACAGAAGAAGUUGUUUCGAUUGUUCUUGCAAGACUAUUGGCUUGCUCUAACCGCAAUUCGUGGCUAUAAUCGUGAUGUAAUAUAUGGUAUAGCUCUUCAACUUCACUUCGUAAGAUCGCCUGAGUACUUAGAUUGUACUCUUGGUGACUUAUGUAAGCUUAUGAGUUUUUGGUGGUCGUUUGUCGCAGCAAGAUAUAGAUAUCCAGAGGAUUAUGAACUCGGACGAAUAGCAUUGGCGGAUAUUGAAAAUUAUUUAGGUGCUGGUACAGAGGUAGAACAAGAGAUGUGGCAAGAAUUAUUUGAAGAUGUGAAAGCUGACAUCGAAGGGUUAGAAGAGGAUGAUCGUAUUGAUUGGGAUUUUGAGUCCGGCCAGUCAAUUAGAGGCCAAUUGGGGAAAAAAGAUCCAAAAUUUAACAUUGGUGACGUAGUUAAUUUUAAAAAAUUCCAUAGCCUUGGUGUGAUUUGUCGUUGGGACAGAGCUUAUAAUAGAGAGAUAGCCGAAAAUGCGAUCAAAUUUGUUUGGACGGAUAUAGAAUCUCCGCGUGAUGAACCGUUUUAUGAAGUUCUAACUCAUCGAGGUUCAUUUAUAUAUUGUGGUCAGAAAACUUUAGUUCUCGAGCCGCCGAAUUCGGAGCGGCUAUUAAGAAUGGUUCCUAGCAAUGUCUAUGGAGACCAUUUAGGUGAUGAAGCCGACUGGAAGUUGGCUAAAGCACUUGGUCCCGUAACUACCGAAUUAGUUGGUUGCUAUUUUGAAUGUUGGGAUCCGGAAAAUCGUAAAUACAUUCCCAACGAAUUAACUAGAAAAUGGUUUCCGGACGGAUGA